UCCGCUGAACAUUUGGCGCGCUUACGUAAAGCCACAAUUUCGCAUUCAUAAAACAAAACAUAAUUUCUAAAUGUGUUUAUUAAGCCUAUUAUUAAUUUCGACGUUUUAAUAUUUUAUUACGUAUGGUUUUAUUAAUAAAAUUGCAGACUUUGAGUAAGAUAUUCAACCGCGCUUACAACGUGAGUUUAGCGAGUACCAUAGGAUCUUUCUUUCUGAUAAAACAUGUCACGUUACGGAGGAAACGAUUUAAGAGGCUCUAAAGGUGAAGCUCAGUACGACACCUUCAGUCAACAAAAAGAUGAAAACUUGCCGCCCAAACAAGAAUAUAAUGGCCCACCUGGAAUGGACGCCGAUGGCUUGAUUGAGACCAACUAUGACAAAAUAGUUGAAUCGUUUGAUGACAUGUGCCUCAAAGAAGAACUCUUGAGAGGUAUCUAUGCCUAUGGGUUUGAAAAACCUUCAGCAAUUCAACAAAGAGCCAUCCAGCCUUGCAUUGAAGGCAAAGACGUGAUCGCUCAAGCCCAAUCUGGGACCGGCAAAACGGCAACAUUUGCCAUUUCAGUUUUACAAAAGAUCGACGCUUCAUUAAAACAAACGCAAGCGCUCGUGAUCGCCCCAACCCGAGAGUUGGCCCAGCAGAUCCAAAAAGUGGUGAUGGCACUCGGUGACUACGAGUCCAUACAUUGCCACGCAUGUAUUGGAGGCACCAGUGUAAGGACAGAGAUCCAAGUUUUUCAAACCAACCCCCCACAAAUAGUGGUUGGCACUCCAGGUCGUGUGUUUGACAUGAUCAACAGGAAGUAUCUGGACACAUCCAAAGUCAAGAUGUUCGUCCUUGAUGAAGCCGAUGAAAUGUUGUCUAGAGGGUUCAAGGACCAGAUUUAUGAAAUCUUUAGAACUAUGCCUGCUACCAUUCAAGUGAUCUUGUUAUCGGCUACCAUGCCCACUGACGUGUUGGACGUAACGACGUGCUUCAUGCCCGACCCCAUUCGUAUCCUUGUAAAGAAAGAGGAACUUACACUGGAAGGUAUCCAACAGUUCUAUGUAUUUGUGGAGAAAGAAGAAUGGAAGUUGGACACCCUGUGUGAUCUAUAUGAGACACUUACUAUUACCCAAGCUGUCAUAUUCUCAAAUACAAGGAGAAAAGUUGAUUGGUUGACUGAGGAGCUCCAACGAAGAGAUUUCACCGUCUCUGCUUUGCAUGGAGACAUGGACCAAGGUGAUCGUGAGGUCAUCAUGCGCGAGUUCCGAUCCGGGUCGUCUCGUGUCCUUAUUACAACAGAUCUACUUGCACGUGGUAUCGAUGUGCAACAAGUGUCGCUUGUUAUUAAUUAUGAUCUGCCAUCAAAUAGAGAGAAUUAUAUUCAUAGGAUUGGACGUGGUGGUCGAUUUGGUAGGAAAGGGGUCGCCAUCAACUUUGUAACUGACGAUGACAAACGAACACUCAAAGAUAUUGAAAAGUUUUACAAUACUAAGAUUGAGGAGAUGCCAAUGAAUGUGGCUGAUCUAUUCUAGUUUAAAGUGGACCGAGUUGACAACAGUUUGCCUCGUACUGUUGUUGUUGUUGUUAAACCUUAACGCAUCUAAAUAAUAAGCGAAUCUAUACGUGCUGAACAUAUCUAGCUAUCUAUACAUAAAGCAGCACUUUGUAAAUCUAUCUGUCUACCAACGCCCAACUGUAUUGCUUCUUAUCGGAAUAUUUUUUCCUUUUGGAAUCUUUGUUAUGUAAAAAUAGCGAUCUAUUAAAACAAAUUGAAACCUCUGUCCUUGGGGCAGUUGGUGGCCCGCCCACCCUAACCAAUCGCUUUGCGUUUAUUUAAAAUGCCUGUUAUACUUUGUAUUGUGUAUUGCGUGUUUAGAUUCUUAUUUCCCAGCAGUUCAGUGAAAAUGUCCAUUCAUUUCCACCAAUAUUUUGCUCCCAGCCAAGUAACUAGUAAACUUUUCAUGCGUGUUUUAUUUUACUGGAAUGAUAUCUUAUGGAGAGAAGUGACGUCAUUGAUUAUUCGUAAAUGGCGUUCUUGUCUGCACGCGCUCACAAUAUCUUUUAAUUCAUCUUCUCAUGUUCAAAUCAUACCUUGAUGUUGGAUUGUUUUGUUAUUAGGGAAUUCUCUGGUAAAAUGUGGGUAAUAAUAAACAUGUUACGUUAUA